AUGAAAUUAAUCAACUUGGUCGACGUCAAUUUGGUUGAAGGCCUGCUUCAAAACUCUGCCCUUUUAACUCGGGACUAUUAUCAGGAUGAUACCAAGGCUGCUCCCAAGACUGCCAAGGAGAUCUCUCUCCUCUCUGUUCCAGAGGCGUGUCCACAUUUCAUGUCGAGUCAUGAAGAAGUUUUCCAGUACAAUAAUGGACAUUUCCUUGUCGAUGAAGAGUACCAGUACGCGAGACGCUAUGUACGAUUUAAUAUUAACGAAUUGUGCAACCUUGUCACAUCAGUCGUUACUAAAAGCGAUUCGACGGUUUCUAAGGUUACAAAAAUAGAAAAAAUGGAAGGAGGAUUCCACAAAGCGCUUUUAAUGACCCUUGAGAAUGGGGCUGAAGUUGUUGCCAAAAUUUCCUGUCCAAAUGCUGGUCUUCCGAUGCUUUCAACUGCAUCUGAAGCUGCUGUACUAGAGUUCGUCCCCAAAGUUUUAGCCUGGAGCUCAGAUUCCAAAAACCUAGUUGGGGCUGAGUAUAUUAUAUUGGAGAAGGCGAAGGGCGUUCAAUUGACGAAAGUCUGGGGAGGCCUCUCUGAAUCUCGUCGUCUAGAUAUAAUAAAAAAUCUCGUUCUGAUAGAACAACAACUAUUAUCUCUUCAGUUUCCGGCCUAUGGGAAUCUUUACUUUCGACGCUCGAUCCCAAACCUGCCGCAUGUGCCCCUAGACAAGGAGUUUGAUCCAUCUAGUCAAUACUGCAUCGGGCCAGCAGCCAGCCUCCAGUGGGCUGAUGGAGGCAGAACUCCACAAUGCGGCUCAGGACCUUGGAUGAAUCUGCAAGAGUUUGGGGAGUCCCUUGCCAAACGCAGUUUAUGUAAAGGAUUUCCUACCGUGAGGGCUGCAGGAGGUCAGCCGCCAAGUUAUGGUACUCCAUCUUCCCAUAAGUCGGUACUGGAAUCCGCGAUAAAUAUCCUACCGAAAGUCUCAAGCCACCAAAAUUUGGUAAAGACCUCAACGCCUGUGCUUUUACACCCAGAUUUACACAUGGGGAAUAUAUUUACCACAGAGGAAGGUAAGGAUACCAUAAGCAUCACUGGUAUUAUUGACUGGCAUUCAAUUUCGAUUGCGCCGAAGUUUUUACAAGCGCGGUGGCCAGUAUUCCUUGAACCUUUAGACGGUUACACCCCUGGCUUGACAGAAAAACCUGAGCCGCUAUCUAGGCUUGAAGGCAUGGAUGCUGCGGAUAGAGCAGUGGCCAAAGUCACUUAUGAGCAGAAUUACCUCGCGAAGGCCUAUGAGGUGUGUACAGGUGCCUUCAAUACCCAUUUGCAUACUGCGUUACUGGUCCCAUCGGCACUGAAGGAAAUAUAUAUACGCUGCGGAGAGACAUCUGUUGAUGGGAUUUUUCCGCUUCGCUCCUGCUUAGCUGAGUUAUAUAAAUACUGGUCGGAUCUAAGAUUUAUGGAGCCUUGCCCCAUACAUUUUACUGAAGUUGAGCUUUCACAGUAUGAGGAAGAACUUGCAAAAUACGAGGAAUGGAAUGACCUUCAAGUUCUGGUUAAAAGAGCGUUAGACACUGAUUCAGAGGGCUGGAUAUCUCCUGCAUUUGACUGGAAUGAAAAGAAAACGCAACAUGAAGAGUUAUACCAGAUGUUCGCGAAAAAAAUGCUGGCCGAAAAUAAAACCAUCGAUGAAAUCAAGAAAAUGUGGCCCUUCCCAAUUAGCUCAUAG